UAGUGCCUGAAAGAUGACCCAAUAUAUACACUACAAACUGGUUUGAGAAGGCUAUAUCAUGUAUCAUAUAUUCAUAUGGGUCUGUUCUUGGGAGAGUUCGAUGAGAAUGAAGUUGAGUUUAGCGCGUAUAUUAUGUGUGAGGACUAUGGGGGUGAUGAUGUUGCUACUAUUAGGUUGUGAACUGACUGGGAAGGCAUUAGGAUGUAAGGAGAGUGAGAGACUGGGGCUGCUUAACGUCAAAGCCGCCUUCAACUUCCCGAAUGGAACCGCUCUUCCAACAUGGCGUGCUGAUAAGGAAGACUGCUGCCAAUGGGAGGGAAUUGAGUGCAGCAACAUCAGUAAUACUAUGCAGGUGACGAAGCUCCAACUCUCUGGACUCCCGCAGCCGAGGUCUCUUGAUGCUGGUGCGCUCUUCCCCAAUGGCUUGUGCGAAUUGGCAAGCCUUGGCAAGCCUUGAGACGUUGUCUAUCAGUGGGAAUGAACUCGCCGGCAGCAUUCCACGCUGCCUUUUCAACAUGACCACCCUUCAUACCCUCGACCUUUCUUAUAACCAUUUCGGAGGUGCCAUUCCACCUUCACUCUUCUCCAGCCUCAAGCUGCUUGAAUCUCUCUCUCUUUCCGGCAAUGCUUUUGAAGGCUCAUUUUCAUUUGCUUCACUGGCAAACAGCUCUAGGCUCAAAGCGUUCGAUCUCAUAGACAAUUACCAUAGACUGAGUCUCGAAACAGAGGAUGCUCCAUAUGCUUCGUCAUGUCAGUUAGUCCUCUUUCGCUUAUCAAACUGCAUUCCCAGCAGCACGCAUGGUUUUGUUCCCAGUUUUCUAAUGGAGCAGCAUGACCUGGAAAUAUUUGAACUCUUCAAUUGUCGCUUGGAGGGAAAGUUACCAAGUUGGUUACUGGAGAACAAUACAAAUCUAGCUUUCUUUAAUCUGAUGGGUAACUCUUUCUCGGGUAACUUCAGCUUGAAUUCCAGCCUCACCAAUUCUAACAUGCAGUUGAUCGAUCUGUCCUCCAAUUCUUUGGAAGGAGAGCUCCCUUCCUACUUUGGCAACAUCUUUCCGUAUUUAGGGAAUCUGAAUGUAUCCGGAAAUUCCAUGCAAGGUAGAAUCCCUUCUUCAAUGUGCCUCACUGGAAGGUUUUUGAUGAUGUUAGACUUAUCGACUAACAGAUUCAUAGGAGAGCUACCAGAGCAGCUAAUUGGCUGUGAAACACUACUAUACUUGAUUUUGGCAAACAAUAAUUUGAGUGGCCAGAUACUACCAAGAGCAGCAAACAUGCCAAGUUUGAAUUAUCUAUCCUUGAGCGACAAUCAGUUCUACGGGGAGAUUUCAACAGGGUUGCUCAAUAGCCCAGACUUCAUGUUUCAACAGAUUGGCAUUCGCGAAUUCACAAGUUCCCGAUGGGACAUUUACAAUAUCCCGCUAUAGCUUUGCAUGGGCGCUUGCUUCCCCAUUUCCUUAUGCCAGUACUCCUCGUGUGGGUGGGAAUGGUGUAGAAGUGCCGUUUACAUCGAAGCAUAGGUUGGAACCAUAUGGAGGUCGAGUUUUGCCCGUGAUGUCUGGGCUGGACCUCUCUCGCAAUAAUUUGUCCGGCUCCAUUCCCCUCCAACUUGGCAAUUUGAGUGAUAUUCGUUCACUGAACCUCUCGUACAAUCAUUUGAGUGGAUCAAUUCCGGUUACAAUCUCUAAAUUGGACCAAAUAGAGUGUCUAGACCUCUCACACAACAACUUAAGUGGUGAGAUACCACAGCGAUUGAUAGAGCUCUACAGGUUAUCGACGUUCAGUGUGGCCUACAACAACCUGUCCGGCCGGACACCGGAGCCGAAAUAUCAGUUCGCGACCUUUUAUAAAGAGAGUUACGAAGGUAACCCCUUUCUAUGUGGGUGGCAACUGGGGAAUUGCAGCACUUCGGGGGGGAUCGCCAACACCGCCACCUGCAGAGCAUCAAGAGGACAUCUUCAGAACCGCCUUCACAUGGAGCUUUGCCGGAUCGUAUGCCAUGGCAUUCGUCGGAACUGUCAUCGCCCUCUGUCUCAGCUCAUACUGUUGGACUGUCUUCUUUGAUUUCAUUUAUAGGCACAUCCCGUCAUCCCGUACUUUUAUUGAUAGGCUUUUUACUAUGCACUGAAUAAGAAGAAGUCCCUCUAUGUCCUCUAAAAUAUGCAAUAUAUGUUUUUCUGAUGUUAUUUUUUAUGGCAACUAGUAGUAUAGUACGUGCGUUGCACGUGCUUCACGUAAUAAAAAGUUAUGCUAUUCUAAUCACAAGAAAUAAUGACAAAUUUUGGUUUACGUGCUAAAAAAGCAAUUAUUGAAAUCAAACUGAGCCUUUCGGAUUAAGUUUUCUGAACAUUCCAAUUAGUUAAGGAGAUAUGUUGAUAUUUUUUUUUUCUU